GUAUUUCUCUAUUUCCUCCAUUUUGUGUUACAUCUUAAUCCAACACUGCACUCUCCCCUUGGAAUGGCAUACAAACCACCGUCCCGGAACCCAUCGGGUCUAUCCAUUCGACCGCCAUCUCCCAAGACCGUGCUCGCUCCGCCGCUCGUCACUCCCACAGCGCAAAUAUCGAGCUCAAAUGGUGCGGUAGCCGGACCAUCGAAUCCCUCCUCACCUCGUCGCAUGGCGACAUCGCCCAUCUCGCCGUCCCAAUCCAGUCAGGGUGGUUUGUGGGGUGGUCAAGGCUCUCAACAUGGAGCAUCCAAUGCUUACGGAGGUCCCUCUGAUGAUCGAUUCAGGGGAAAUAGCUUGGACGUACCUCCAGGCGGAGGCAGUACAGGCAACCCAGGAGGCUUUAGGGAUAGACGUCUACCUGGAGCAACUUGGGCAGCUCCACAUAGCCCGCAUAGGAAUAAGAGUCAUACUAGUGGUGCAGGAGCAUACGACAAUAAGCUGGUCUCCUCCACACUCUCCCACUUGCCUCCUCUUCCCUCACCUUCAGGCUCGACAUCCCCAUAUCAAUCCACCCCGACCUUGUUGAACCCUCGACCCACCUCACCUCGACCUGUCAACUCUGUGAUCCCAAUCCUAUCAUCUUCCUCUGGUAUCGUCUUGCCCGACGGUACGACCCUCUCUAGAGAUGCCGAGAGACCAGGGAGGAACAUGGCAGAUGCCAUCGCUCAUAGUUCUCCCUCUUCACCCUGGAGCGUCUUGACAGUACACGUCUUACCCCUCUUCGCCGGUGGUCCACUCAAAACGCCCAUCGAGGACCUCAACCAUCUGUGCCAUUCACACAUCGUCGCAGUCUCCCAACGCGUUCCAUUGUCCCGUGUCAUCCCUGUCUUGACGCAAGAUCUCCGAGAUUUCAUCGCUAGCGGGAUGCUCACUCUCAAAGCAAAAUUUGAGACACUAGAAGAGGCAAAGAUCAUCCCAAGAGCAGCGGAGGUCUGGUCAUUCUUCUGGUCACAGGUCUUGCCGUAUCUCGAAGGCGUGUACUUGCCUUUCACUCAAAUCCGAGACGUCCCAUCUACGACCCAGUCAUCAGGCUCGACCAACUCAAUCGUCUCCAUUCCACUCAUUCCCGUCAGGCAUCUUCUCUUAUCCGGAUUUAUGCUUCACAUCCUGCUCCCUCUUCUUCCCCGCCUGAUUCCACUCAUCUCAUCUUCAAAUCUUCCGCCUUCCUUACCUGAAUUGCAGAGGAUCCUGCAGAUGAGUCUGGUAUUGUCGACGCAAGCAAGGUAUUCGUCAAUCUUUCAAACGAGAGAGAACAGGGACGAAGAGGUACGAGAAAACGUCGAAACACUAGGGCGCACAGUCAGAUGGAGGAUGCAGCAUGGCGAUUCGGCCAUCUCUGAGCAGCCUGCUCCUGGUGCAACACGGGUUCAAAGAGGCAUGUCAGUCUCCGGUCGUAGGCGAAAAGGGAUCAGAGGAUCGUUCGUGCCUAGAGAGGAUGGCUUUGCAGAGGACGAUGACGAUGACGAUCCUACACCGAAUCAGAGUUAUGCGGCUGGUGCGGCGGAGUGGCCACCGGUAGGGACGCAGGGGACACAGUCGACAGUUGUGGCGUCGUAGGUCUCAUCGUUGUUGUGGAGAUAGUCAAGGUGGUUGGUUGUACAGUAGUGCAUGGGCUGGCGCUCGGGCCUAUU